CCCCACUCAUUGUAGUUCUUGACUGGGCAAGAUUUUCAGAUCAUUCCCAUAUAUUAACACUCUUUCCUUCUUUUGAUCUUCUAUAACGAUCUUCAGGCUCUAACACUUUGAGACUGCUGAUACAAACGCAAUGGAGGUAACAGACAAGCUGGGCGACAAGGUCAAAAUCGACUCCGCACUUGACCAAAAGGACUCAUAUCCUGAAGCAACUGGUCUCAACCUCUCAGAUGCCGUUGUAACUCGCAUAACAAAGGUUUCGAGCACCCUAUCUGUCUUAGUUGCAGGUAUUGCUCUCUUCAGUGAUGGUUACAAUGCUCAGAUUAUUGGAUACAUGGAGCCACUAUUCUCAGAUCUCUACCCUAAUGGUAUCUCUAAAAUCAUCAAGACUCGUCUUUCCAACUCAUACCUCAUUGGUGAAAUCUUCGGCAUGCUCUUCUUUGGUGUCACCAUUGAUCGAUUCGGACGACGAACUGGCAUUGUUUUCGCAACAAUCUUUCUCAUCUUGGGCAUCGUGCUUGCAACAGCCUCCCAUGGCGAAAGUCAACUUGGCCUUUUCUGGAUGAUGAUUGUCGCUCGAGGUAUUGCUGGCUUUGGCGCAGGUGGAGAGUAUCCUGUUUGUGGAACGAGCAUUCUCGUUGCCAUGUCCACCGAUUUUGCUAUCGAUCUUGGAUUUGUGGUUGCUGGAGUCGUCGCACUCAUCGUCUUGGCCUGUUAUCACAAUCGAUCGACGGAAGGGGUCUGGAGAAUCUGUUUUGGCUUGGGCAUUGUGUUGCCACUUUCUGUUUUCUUCUUUCGAAUUCGAAUGGUCAAUUCUACUCAGUAUCGAAAGCACGCUAUCAAGAAUAAUGUGCCUUACAUUCACGCUCUUAGACUGUACUGGAAGCCAAUGCUAGGCACGGCUCUUGCAUGGUUUAGUUAUGAUUUUGUCACAUAUCCUUUCGGUAUUUUCUCCUCAACCAUCAUCGGUCAACUCAACCCGAACAACACUCUGAUCCAAAACAUUGGCUAUGGAACCGUGGUGAACUGCUUUUAUCUUCCUGGAUGUAUUGUUGGAGGACUACUUAUGGACCGCUUUGGCAGAAAGCAAACUAUGACCCUUGGUUUCUUCCUCUGGGCUCUCGUUGGAUUCAUCCUCGGUGGUGCUAUUGGACCCAUUCAGACCGUGUUUCCACUUUUCGUCGUCAUGUAUGGGAUCUUUAAUUCGCUGGGUGAGAUGGGACCAGGCGUGGCAACGUUCCUCUGCGCAGCAGAAUCAUUCCCGACUCCUCUUAGAGGGCAUUACAUGGGCUUUGCAGCUGCCGUUGGAAAAGCUGGGGCCGCAAUUGGAACGCAAGUCUUUACUCCCAUCCAGGACUCCUUUUCGGAUGAGAUAAAAGGUCAGCAGGCAGUCUUCCUCAUUGGAUCUGGAUUCGCGGUCGUUGGUGGCUUGAUUGCGUGGUUUCUGAUUCCAGAUAAGGAGAAAGAUCUGGAAAGCGAGGAUGUUAGGUUCAAGGCAUAUCUCGAGGAACAUGGAUUUGAUACCAGCUGUUAUGGAGAAAGUCUGGCAGAACAGGCCAAGAGUACAGCAUUCAAGGUUGAGGGGUAA